CUCGAUUCCAACCAGCCACGCUGGGCACGCUCGGUGUUAGCUUGGGAUCUUCUCACUGGCGUUGCAACUCCUAGCCCUGGCUUGGCCUUACAACAAUGGCUCCGAACCUCCGCUCCUCGUCCCAUGCCUGGUCCAACAACUCACGCCCUUCCACUCCACUCGGUGCAGCUAGUACCGCCUCCUCCUUCACAGAAUCCACAAGACCUCGCAAACAACGGCGAACUGGCAGGCACAGUCGCGUGGCCACCGACCCUCUACAAGACCCGCCCUCCCGGACUCAAUCGCGGUUGGAACAAUCGGGCAAUGGCAUUUCAGAUACUCACAGUGAGUCGCAUGUGGAUGGAAACAGUGCAGACUGGAUGGAGCCGCCUCUGCGAGUCCCAGUCCCGAGCUACGAUGACACUCCGUGGUCCGCCGUGUCGCAUAGCGGGAAUCCUAUCCUGUCCACGAUGCGCCCACUGGGAGCAAUGCCAACGUCCUCCGACUUGCGCAAAGUCGGCCUGGUGCCUGUGAAGCCCAGUGUUCAGAACAUCCCCGCGAAGAGAAACUUGCAGGCUGCGUCGAAUGGGGAGAAGACCAAGAAUAAGCCUCGAACGCCCGUCACGCCCGCGGAGGAGCCAAUCCCCGAACCUAUCACUACCAAGGUCAAGCCCUUGGAGGACAUGUCUCACUUCACUUCACUUCCUGUCCCCACGUCCACCGAUGUUGAUGUGGACCGGAUAAAGGACGCGGUCGAGAAGGCCGUCCGCCUGGCCCUGGAGACCAAUAACAUUCCGGUGUCGCGCGGGCUCCUCCGCCUUUGGGAGACCUGCCACAAAGACCCCUUCGCCCUCUCCAUCCUCGACGGCAUCUGCCAGGAGAACCCUGGCCCACGGGAACGAUCGGUCUUCCAGAGUGUGAUGCGCUCGGCCUGGAAGGAGGUUCAGGCGGAAGCGGGCGACGACUUGACUCCGGCUCCGGUUGUGGCCCGCCCGCGGUCGGCCAGCAGCCUCUCCUCCCUCUCCUCCGCCAAAUCCCUCGAUGUCGAAACCUUUGCUCCUGGCAUGACCCCGGGGGCGACCACUGCCCGCCAUCGCGGCAAGGGGAAGCAAGCCAAGGGCGGUACCCGGAUGAACGUCAGGGACCUCUUGAAUCCCGAACCAACAACAGCAGCAGCAGGAGUGCCUCCGCCGCCCAGCGCGGCUACAGAGGAAUCCCCGCAGAAGCGUGCUUUGGAAGACGAGCCGACCCCCGAAGAAACCGCACGAGUCAAGCGAACUCGCCUUCAGAAAACCCUGCCUACUAUUGUUGCUUCGGAAAGCAGACUGCGGUCCUCGUUGGCCUCCCAGUCUGCUUCCAACGCGCCUUCCCCUGUUCCUACGGCAACUAGCCAAUCCCAGCCGGCGUCGGUGGGCGCUCCUGUCCCGACCAGCAGAGAGCGAUCCGAGAGCCCAGCAAGCAGCGAUGCUGGGGAUAACCGACGCCUGACACCUACUCUGAGUAGCGAUAACGACCGUGUGGAGAACAACGACUUUUGCCACAACUGCAAUAGAAGCGGUCAGCUCCUGUGCUGCGAUGGUUGUCCCAACUCCUUCCACUUCUCCUGCCUGAAUCCACCCCUAGACCCAGCGAGCCCUCCUGAGGGCGAUUGGUUCUGUCCGAAGUGUUCGUUGUCGCGACCCAUGAGCGCCAUUAUCGAUGCGCUUGACAACGCGCCGCAGAAAGAUUUUGCACUCCCCGCCCGAUUCCGUGACUACUUCGCGGGUGUCCGUACGGGCGAUGGUGGAAAGUACGAAGAGAUCGUCACACUACCCAAAAUCAACCGUGCCGGGCGAGGGAACCGGAGUGGCCGCUACGAUGACCCAUACCUCUCGCGGACCUCAGAUUCGAAGGGGAAUCUCAUCAUCUGCACUGCAUGCGGGCAUACUAGUAACGGCAACCGACCCAUCAUUCAGUGCGACUUUUGUCCCUGCGCGUUCCAUAUGGAUUGCAUGGACCCUCCUCUGGCCAUGCCACCGACGCAGAAAACGGGCAGUGACCGCAGACACCACAACUGGAUGUGUCCCAACCACGUCUGGCAUGACCUCGCAUACACGGUGCAAGACGAAGAGGGAUACGAUAUGAUCAAACGCAUCCGCCGUCCCAAGGCGCCCCGAAUGGUCGACAUCGAAGUCCUUCUGGACGAAGAAGACGGCCAGGAAAUGGAAGAACAGGAAGAAGAGGGCGUCGUGUAUCGCGUCUCAGAGCACGGAGUCAAACUCGACUUCAUCCGUCGCGUGAAACGUGAAAACGAAGAAUACCAGUUAAUGAAAAACGCCGCCGACACCUGGUACGACUAUGCCACCUCGGAGUUCGACAAACUCAUCUCCAAAGCGCAGACCUUCUACGCAUCCGCAACCCCCCCUACUACAACCACUGCUGUCGAAGACUCCACCACCGAUAUCAUAAACUCGCGCACCGCCGCUGAGCGUGAAGCCGCUGCAAACCUGAUCGACUUCUCGCACGGCAUCCAGCCCCCCUCCAGCGUCCAACCCGAUCGAAUCGGCCUCCUCGUUGACCAGCUCAAGGCCAGCGAACCCGCCAACAUCCCCUCCGCCGAAACUGAGAUCGCAGCCCUCCGCAAACUGCAAGAUCUCAUCGACCGCCGCAUUCACUCCCUGACUGCGCAAUCCCAACAAUCCCAACAACGACGAUCAUCAUCCUCUUCCUCCCGCUCCGCUCGCUCCGUCCCCGACCCCGCGGACCCCCCUAUUGAACGUUGAACUGUAAUCCAUGAACAUGAACCUGCACCUGAACCUGAACAUGAACCCAUCGCAUCGCAUCACAUCGCAUCGCAUCUCAUGAUUCGCAUCGCAUCUGCCCGCCGUGACGGCCAGUACAACCAUCUACCCAUCUACCCACCUAUCUACCUACCCAUCUAUCCUGUUGAUAUGAUAUCGAGGCGAGGCGCGGCGCUCCGGGUUUCGUUUCCUUUUUGCCUUACUUACUCCUUCCUUCCUUCCUGGGUGUUUAUUUGUGAUUGUCAUGUUAGCUAGCAUGAAAAGUCUCUCUCUGCCUAUGUUCGUUAGGUAGGUAGGUACUACUUUUAAGUAACCAGCCAACCUACUACUUACUUAGGUGCUGAAUCAUGGGGGAUGGUUGGUUACUUACUCGUUUAGAUAUCCAAACAUUGCUUUUUUCUUUGCCAACUUUUUUUUUCUUUUGAAUUAGAUUGUAUUGUAUUGGGUUAGAUUGCGUUCUUUGGGCUGAGGAUUUCG